UCCAGUACAUACAACCACAUCGCUCGAUACACGCGUUUACAUAUAUCUACGAUAUAUAUGUAUCAAAUAAGUUCAUAUAAUUCUUUAAAAACACAUUAAAACCAGUUUACAAAUGCCAAUUACGAUUUAUAUUAUUUUAUUUUUAUAUUACUGUGAAAUAAAAAGUGUGAAUGUGAUAUCAAUAAAUGAAUUCGUUAUCAUAUCAUUAUAAUUAUCAUAAAAUAUGAUAAGUGAUUAAUGAUUACAUGGAAAAAGGCGACCACAGUCGACUGUUGAAAUUCUUGGUGCCUACAACACAUUUAAGCAAAAUGGCGGAACCGAAGGUAUAUAAAUUAGAAAUUGAGUAUAUAAAACCUUCGGACAUAGAAAGCGAAGUACCAGGCGACCAGGAACUACGGGAGCUGGAUGGCAAUACGGACGUUGGAAAUUCAACUUUACGCGAUGACGAUAAAGUCGAAGCACCAGAAGACUACGUGCUCUCUCCAGUGAUAACUGUGAAGAAGGAGGAAAGCUCAUACACGAAAGGGGAUUUGAAGUUGCAAAAAGUGGCCGUCACUGAAAACAUAUCGAAUGAUGAAGUCAACGGAAUCCAUGACGAGCCCCACGAAGAUGUCGCUGCAUCAUUACCAACUGCAAACGCUGAUAGAAGGAGACCGAGUCACGACGACACCAAAGAAAGGUCUAGAAUACCAACCUCGAAAUUUAGACAGGCUUUAGAAAAGUUCAAGCAAGGUUCCAUAGACAAGAAAAAUGAAAUUACUCGAAAUCCCUCUAAAGCGUCUUCCAUUCCAAGGUUAAAAGAUGCUAAAAUUACAUCAUCACCAAACAAACAAGCAAUAUCAAAUACACAGCCAGAUGAUCAUAAACUGGAGGACGAGUUUGACAAAAUAUACGACGAAGUCAUUGAUGAUGAACCAAAAGAAGUCCUUGAUAAUACAGUUAGUGCUAAAAUUGAUGAGCCAACAAAACUUGAAGACAAAUUCGAAGAAAUAAUACAUGAUUACGAAGAUAAUAAAGUGGAACCAAUAAAUGUUGAUAAAGUUAAACACACGAGGAUACCUCAGUUGCCAAAACGUGUAAUUGAUCAUGAAAAUAAGCUUACAAACCCAGAUACUAGUCCGGUGCAGAGUGUAAUCGAAAAAGCCAAAAGAAAUGAAGUUAGGACUGAUACUAAGAUACCAAUGUAUAAAGAUAUCCCCCAGAAACCGCCUCGUAUUAGAUACAUUUCUAAAAAUGAAGAUAAACCUAAUCCAAAUAAUAACCUAAAUGAAUCACCUAAAGUAAAUUUGGAAACUGAAAGUCAGUCUGAAGGACCUUCAGUAGGACUUAACAUGAAUAAUGACACCAACCUUACACCAGAACAAUCUAAUGUUAAUUUCCCAGAAGCAGAACCAGUAAAAGUAGCAACACAGGAGGAUAUAAAUAGAAUUACAAAAGAGAAUAAUGAAAAACAUCAAAACAGCAAUGUCUUUAGGAGUACAGAAAUUGAAGCAACACCAUUGGUAAACGAAAUAAAUGCUAUUAUAGAUAUCCAACCAGAAUCAGUCAGCAUAGAUAAUAACAAUCCAGUGAUUUCGGAAGAUACUCCUGCUGAUGGUAACUCUGGACAUACGGAUACUAUUUCAACAGAAGAAAAUACAAAUCCAGAAAAUAAUAAAGAAAUUGACGAGUCUAAAUACACUCCGGGCAAAGUCAAUAGAAUACUAAACAGAAUACGUUCCUACGAUACUAAAGAUACUAAAGAACAGAGUAAUGUUGUAAAGGAAACACCGAAAAGAAAGUCCGUGUUAUCAAGGAUAGCAAUGUUUGAGCGUCAAGAGCCCAUAGCACCAUCUGGUCCAAAGCCAUCCGCUUUAAAUGGAGUACCUACUCGUAAACCACAUGUAAAAGAAGCCAAUAGCAAAUUGCCCGAAAUUGCAAAUACAAAACCUGUCAUCAUUGAUGAAGUUUUAAAAGUAUCGAUACAAAGAGAUUUAGAUUCUAAUAUUAUAGAAGUUAAGACUGAAAACCCGACAGAGGAGCCAGAAAACAAAGUAGAGAUAAUCGAAGAAGAAAUCAAAUAUCAAGAAAUUGAAGUCAUUGAUGCUCAAGAUGAUGAACCUAUUGCUGAAUGUAAUGUAGAAGAGUCUUCAGUAACAAAUGAUGGCACACAACCUGCAGAUCAAGCAGCUAAAAACCAACUUGAUGUAAAAGAUGAGACUGUUCCUAGUGACGUAAUUCCAGAACUAGCGAACACAAUUGAAAGUAAACCUGUAUAUGUUGAUAGUAGAGACGAAAUUAGAGAAUCAAUAAAAACGGAAUAUUUGGACCCAGCACCAAUAAAUAUUCAAGAAAAAGAAUUAGAAAUUAAUAAUAAUGAAGAUACAAUUCCAUUAGACGAACCCAUUUUAGAUACAGUCAAAGAUAAACCUACAGAACAAGAAACUAACGUUCAAAUUGUAAAUGCAGAAGAUAAUGUAGCACUUUCCCGUAACACUGACGAUUCCAAUGAACCAGAAAGAAGAAGAAGGAGUCGAGAAGAAGAACAAGUCAAGGAAAGACCGAAAUCUCUUGCGGAAAUAGAUUUAGGGGAAUCUGUCAAAGGGAUAGUUCAUGAGAUGAUAACAAGGAUGAAUUCUUUCGAAAAAAUAGAAGAACCGAAGAGGGGAAAAGAGAUUGAUGUAAAAGAGAGGCCAAGGAAGAAGUCUGUGUCUAUGAUGAUUGCAUUGUUUGAACAAAAAUCUACUGCGGUGAAAUACGUAACAAGCAACCCCAACAUAGAGAGAGCGGCCGCGAAGCCUACAAUUGCCGCCCAGCCGACCGCACUCAGCGACGAAGAAUGUGACCAGCGAAUUGCAGAAUUAUCAAAUGCAAAACUGCAAUAUGGUAGAGCAACGAAUAUGACCUACCUGGUACUCAGAAAUGGCGUGGAGAUGCCGGUUCUAUCGCUUGGAACUUCCUUGCUUGACAAACGUCUUCUCCACCAUAUUAUUGGAGCGGCCAUAGACCUCGGAUUCCGCGCCAUAGACACCGCGUACAUUUACGGCAACGAGCUGGAGGUGGGAGAAGCGAUCAAAGCGAAAAUAGAUGAUGGUACAGUCACCAGAGAGGAGCUGUUCAUCACUUCAAAGCUAUGGAGUACGUAUCACCGACCAGACCUCGUUGAGGUGGCUUGUCGCGCCUCGCUCGCCGCGAUGCACCUUGACUAUUUCAAUUUAUAUUUGAUACACAGCCCUAUGUCCUUCAAGGAAGGCAAAGAACCAAUACCGAAGAUAGCGAACGUGAUUCAAUACUCGGAGUAUGAUUAUUUGGAUGCCUGGUACGGGAUGGAGGGGCUGGUGGAGAAAGGUCUGGUGAGGAGCAUCGGGGUCAGCAAUUUCAACUCCAAACAGCUGCAUAGGGUGCUCGGGAGAGCGAGAAUCAAACCCGUCAUUAACCAGGUGGAAUGCCAUCCGUACCUGUCUCAGCAAAGACUGAACGAAUUCUGCGAAGAGCGAGAUGUAAAACUCAUGUGUUACGGUGUACUAGGCUCCAAGGGAACACCUAAAGAGUUGAAGAGCUCACUACCUCCUAUCGUUGAUGAUCCCCUGGUAAAAGUUAUGGCGGCAGGGCUUGACAUGACCAUUGGACAGUUACUUGUCAGGUACCAAAUUGAGUCGGGGCAUAGCGUCGUCGUUAAGGCGUCCACAGGUGCCCACUUGUGGGACAAUCUGCAAGCGCUGGAGAAAAGAUUAACUCCUGAACAAGUGGACGCUCUGAAUGCAUUGAAUAGAAAUAAAAGGACAUACACAUUUAUUGGAAUGGGCGAAACGCACAAGAACUACCCGUUCAGCAUUCCCUUUUGACAAUUCCGCCAUUUUGUAUAUUUUUUUAUUAUUUAGAUUCGUAAUAAUUCUUUUUUUUUAUAUAUAAUUUAUUUUUGCUUUUUAUUGUACCAGUACCAAAAAUAAUAUAUUUUCAUUUUAGAUUUAUUUUUAUUCUUAAAUAUAUUUGUAAUUAUGUGUAAAAUUAAGCAAUAAAUAAAUGUUUCUUUC